GCGCCACUUCCGGCUGCAUGAGGAAACGGCGGAAACCGUUGAGAGGUGGCUGCACGCGCGUGGUUUCGGGGCUAGCUAACGUUAGCCGCUAAUUGACUAACCAACCAUCUGCCUAACAACUUACUAACAACUAACCAACGUCGGGUUGCUGCGGAGUCUCUCUUUGUAUUUCGGGACAAUGGUCUCGGAGGCAGUCGAGCGGUGGACGUGACACGUGAACACAGGAAGAGGACUGAAGUUCGCGCGGUCGAGGUGAGGUCAGGUCGGGCUGACGUUGAACCGGUGACCCGGGGGGUAUUUAACCUGACCACCGCCGCCAUCAUCGCGGGCUUUGAGGACACUCCAGGAGCAGCAGGAUUUGAAACAAGAUAACACCCAGUGCUUUCACUGCAGUGAAGAGAGAGGUGACAGAUCAUGGGUAGCUGGAAUUCAUGAAACUGCCAAAAUGUCACCAACACUUGGACUCCCUGUACGUGGAUCAGAUGUAACAAUUCUCAUAACCAGGGUCCACUUGCAUCCCCUUUGUGUGCUUGUAGAGUUCUGGGGAAAGUUCGGUCAGGAGAGCACAGAAGAUUAUGAGUGCCUGGCUGAAGACAUUCAGUCCCCUGAAAACACAUUUCAAGAGUUUGAAGGAAGUCCCGGUGACCAGUGCUUGGUCCAGAUAGAUGGUAUUUGGAACAGGGCCCGCAUAGUCUCUAGAAAUGGCUCAAAAUACAGUGUGUUUCUCAUUGACAAAGGGGUGUCGUCUUGCACCACUACAAGUAAGCUGAAAUGGGGUAAGAAGAAGCACUUCCACCUUCCACCUGAAGUGGAGUUUUGUGUGUUAGCUAAUGUGUUACCUCUCUCAACUGAGAGCAGAUGGUCGCCAGUGGCUCUCGAGUUUCUGAGAUCUCUCUCUGGGAAGUCUUUGAAAGCACGUGUGCAAGAUGUGCUGGUGGCCUACAGAACAUUUCUCUUGGACAUCCCCUGUAUAUCCAAACAAAUGUAUGAGAUGGGAUUUGCCAAGAAGUUGUCUCCAGAUGUGUUCCAGGAAUUUGUGCUCUUGUCACUAAAGUCCAAUAACGCUGUGCAAGUGUCUGCAGAGACUCACCAGACCUCCAUAGGAGCAGGUGUGCGAUUGCACACGCAAGAUUUUUUCAUGGUCCCAGAGCUUCCUGCAGGAACUGUGGAGGCCGUCAUUGUCACAGAAGUGACAAGUCCACAGAGGAUUUUUUGCCAGUUGAAGGUCUUCUCACAAGAGCUAAAGAAACUCUCAGAGAAAAUCACAAAAUUCUGUGAGGGCAGAAUGACCAAUUGCACUGUGGGUCCAGAAAUGAUUAGUUUUCCCUGUGCUGCAAGAGGAAAUGAUGGCAGAUGGCAUCGCUCGGUUCUCCAACAGGUUUUCCCUGCCAAUGGAGUGGUGGAAGUGUUGAACAUUGACUAUGGAACAAAACAGUUUGUUCAAGUGGAGAAUGUGGGACCACUGGCUUCAGAAUUCUUCAGGAUGCCUGUUGUGACUUACAUCUGUUCCCUCCAUGGAAUCGUUGACAAAGGGGUCGGAUGGACAUCCAACCAGAUUGACCUUCUCAGGAACCUUCUUCUGCACAAGACUGUAAUUGCAAAAUUUGAGUACCAGAGCGUGUCUGAGGGUGUGAACUAUGUCACUCUAUUUGGUGAUGAAAAUACAAACAUCAACAAGUUGUUUGGGUCCAAGGAGAGCUGUUUGCUGGAAUGUGAGAAAACACUUGGAGAUUAUGCUAUCCGUAGCCCUGCGUACAACCGUGAGCAUCAAGCCCAGCAAGAAAGAUGUCAAAGAAAGACGUCAACUUCUACAAAGGCUGCAGAGGAAAAAGAAUGGAAAGGAAUAGCUGAGAAGUUACCUGCAGAAAACCUCUCCCUGAACUCUUCCCAUGUUGCAGUUGUUCAGCAUGUAUCAAACCCAUCAGAGUUUUGGAUCCAAACACAGAACUACACUAAUGAGCUGAAUGAACUGAUGGAUAGGAUCUAUCAUUUGCACAAAGACUCAGAAAACAAAGAUGUGAUGAAUCCAACUGUAGGGUUGUACUGCGCUGCCAAGGCUGAAGACGGUGUCUUCUACAGAGCAAUUGUGUCUGAAGUUGGGGAGACACAAGUCAAGGUGUUCUUUGUCGAUUAUGGAAACACUGAAGUCGUUAAAAGGAUGAACAUCAGGACCCUUCCUGGCGAGUUUAAAAAGCUGCCGAGACUUGCACUGAAAUGCACCCUGGCUGAUGUCAGACCCAAAGAUGGGAGAUGGAGUCCAUGUGCCUCUGAAUAUUUCAUCAAAGCAGUCACAGAUAAAGCACUAAAUGUCCAUGUGAAAGCAAAAUAUGAUGAUGUCUAUGUUGUUCAACUAACAGAUCCUGAAGCUCAUGAAGACAGAGACCUCAGUUCACUGAUGUGUACUUAUAACCUUACUGAAAAGGCUGAGACACAGAGACAACCCAAAGCCAAUGUCACUAUACAACCUGCUAUCCUGCCUCCCACACAAGAUCCACAUGACAGACUUGCCGAUGUGUAUGGGAACAAGGGGAUAUGUCUCAAGGCACAAAACACUGUCAGCCUUGCCAUCAACGAAAGGAGAAUCCCUACAUUCAAGGAGCACAUGUUUCCCAUUGGGAGUGUCCUAGAUGUCUCUGUGUCCCACGUCAAAAGCCCAAAUGAUUUCUGGUGCCAGCUCGUGCACAAUGCAGGGCACUUGAAAUUGCUAAUGCACGAUAUACAGGCUCAUUAUGCAGGCAGGGAAUUUCAGCCUGUUGUCGAAAUGGCUUGUGUUGCUCGCCACCCUGAUAAUGGAAUGUGGUACAGGGCCAUUGUAAUUCACAGACAUGAAAAACCUCUCGUGGAUGUGUUGUUUGUUGAUUAUGGCCAGACAGAAACCGUCCCCCUCUAUGACCUGAGGAGGAUCUGCCCAGAAUUUCUCACUAUGCCUGGUCAAGCCUUUCGAUGCAGUCUGUUAAACCCCAUUGAUCCCACAUCUGCCAUCAAUGAGUGGAAUCAGGAGGCAACAGCAAGAUUCCACAACUUUGUGGAAACUGCUGCAUCCGACUUGGUGAUUUUAAAGUGCACCAUAUAUGCUGUCAUGUACAGUGACCAGAAGAUUGUUUUCAAUAUUGUGGAUCUGGAAACUCCCUUUGAGAGUGUCUGUACCAGCAUCGUCAACCUUGUCAAAAGUGCCCCUCCCAAGAAAGUCUCCGAGCCAUCGGUUCGCCUGGACUCAUACUACUUCUCAACGCACAAUGUCAAAACUGGCACAGAAGAACAGAUCACAGUGACAUGUGUGAACAAUGUCAAUCAGUUCUACUGCCAGCUCGAGAGGAAUACUGAUGUGAUGGAAGAUCUCAAGAAGAAGGUUAGCAGUCUCUGCCAUCAACUGGAGAAUGUAAAGCUCCCAGCAAUCAUAAGAGCUUUGUGCUUUGCCAAGUACACUGAUGGCCACUGGUACAGGGGUCAAAUCCAGGCCACAAAGCCAGCAAUCCUGGUUCACUUUGUGGACUAUGGUGACACUAUUGAGGUGGAUAAGUCUGACUUGCUUCCAGUACCUAUAGAGGCUAAUGACAUCAUGUCUGUGCCAGUGCAAGCAGUUGUGUGUGGUCUGUCAGAUGUCCCCACCAAAGUUCCAAGUGAGGCAAACAGCUGGUUUGAGACAUGUGCAACAGAAUGUAAAUUCCAAGCAGUAGUUGUGGCCAGAGAACCCGAUGGUAAACUCCUGGUUGAACUGUAUCAAGGAAACACUCAGAUUAACUCAAAGAUCAAGAAGAAGUUUCAGAUUGAGAUGCACACAGACAAGCGUCUUGUCUACCGGAAAGCAUUUGACGCUCCGGCAAAAAAUGUGCUAAAGCUUCCAAAAGAUGUCCCAAAACAGCUCUCUGCCCCCAAAACAGUGACUCAAAUCAGAGAUGAGUCUAAAUCUGCCAACACAAAUCUGCAGACUGCACCAAAGCCUUUGCGCCAUGUUGAUGAAAAUGGUCAGAAGGUCAAGGCUGUUCCGAUACAGCUGUACAAACCUCCUCACCAAAGACAGUCAUUUGAGACCACACUGAGAAAUAUGGGAAAUGUUUAUGAGCCUGCUGGUGCAAAAGUCAGACCAAGAGAGGAAAAUCUCCCCACUGACCCGCUGAUCAAGUUCAAAUCACCUGGUGCAGACUCUCAGAUAGGAGGCCAUGUUGAAAAACUUCCUACACUUGCAGAUCUGCCCUCAAAGUGUAUCACACCAGACAUGGAAGCAGAUGUUUAUGUCUCACACUACAACAGCCCAUCAAGUUUUCAUGUUCAACUCGUCAGGGACGAGGAUGAAAUCUUCUGGAUUUCUGAAAAGCUCAAUGAUUCCGUAUCAAACCCAAAAACCAAUGCCAUCAAAGAUGUGAAUCCAGGUGAUGUUGUUCAAGCAGAGUUUGCAGAUGACUCCAUGUGGUAUCGUGCAGUUGUAAAAGAAAUCCACAACAACACAAAGGCUCUGGUUGAGUUUAUUGAUUUUGGAAACACCGCAGUUACACAAAUGUCCAAGAUGGGCAGACUCCAUCAGUCUUUCUUGCUGCUGCCCAUGUACAGCACACACUGCAUGCUGAGCAAUGUUGGAAAAGAGGACAUGCUUGAUCCUAAAGUGCUGGCAGCUUUCAAAGGGGCUGUAUGCGAUGGAGAAAAGAAGCUCAAGUGCCGGUUUAUCAGGCAGUCAGGACGUGUGUGGGAAGUCAGUCUGGAGGAAAAUGGUGUGAAUCUCACAUGUGAAGUCUCGACAAAGAGUUCAGCCAAUGCUUCUGAAUUUGCCUCAGAGAACCAUGAAGAAGUUGAGGAAAAACCUGCCCCAACCCCAGAGAAACAGCCACUGAACUCUUGCCCUCUGCAUUACGGUCAACUAGAGUUUUUAGAGGAACAGCAGUUACAGAGCUACAUCACAACUAUAAAUGAUGCUCUUUCCUUUUGGUGUCAAUCUGCUGACACAGAAGAACUGGACAAGAUAACAUCCGGUGUCUCAGAAGUUGGGAAUGCAGCCGAUCACAGACAUGUUGACCCAGACGCCCUCUCCCCUGGCUGCCCAUGCAUCGUUCUCUUUUCAGAAGAUCGUCUCUGGUACCGUGCGAAGGUCAUCGACAUGGAGGGAGACAAGCUGUCUGUUCUCUUCAUAGACUAUGGAAACAAGUCCCAAGUCAAUGUUACAGAUGUGAGGGAAAUGCCCCCUCAUUUAGUGGAGGCUCCUCCACAGGCAUUUUUGUGCGAGCUUGAAGGCUUUGAUUCUUCAUGUGGAUCUUGGGACAGUGGCGCAGUAGAUGAGCUGUUCACACUUACAACAGACCAGUUGUUUCAGCUGACUGUCACCAGAGUCACCAGAGACGAAGAAAGCAUUAAAUACGUGGUGCAGAUGGAAUGUGACGGCCAGGUGAUAAAUGAGAUGAUGAAAAACUGGUGGAAAUGCUCCACCACAGAUGACAAACCCAAUGCAGGUGAACAAUGUGACUCAAGUGUGAAAGAGGCCGCACAACCUGAGGAUCAAACAGAGUAUCCCGAAAACCAGGAAACAGAUCCAGAUGUUUGCAUUCACCCUGAGAGAGAGCAUAGAGAAGAAAUCCUGUCACCUGCACAUUCUGACCAAAGUCAUUUGAUGUUGAACUGUGACGAGGAUGAGUUUGAAACUGACAAAGCCUCUGAAGAGGAGGUAGCUUCAGUAACGGACACUGUCGGACCAGAUGACGUGAGUUCUCCACUGGAUUGGAACCGAGAGGAGGCCAUGGACAGUUCUGAGAUUCUGACAGACCUGGAGUCUUCAGCUGCAGAAAUGAGUACCUACAACAUGGGAAGCAGCUUUCACUCCAUGAUUGACUUUGAUUUAGCAAAUGACAGAAAUGACAGCAAGACUCCUAUCCCAAGUGACGUUUCUCUUCCCAGCCGGUCAACAGUGAAAAUGGUUCCACGUGAAGCUGUUUUUCCCAGGAAGAGCUUUUAUCAGCACGAGAUGAUUGAUCUGUUUUCCACAGACUUGGAGCAGAUUCAGACUGAAUUGUUGCUGCCCUCCCCUCUGCUUCCUGCUAAGCUUUUGUGUGUUGCUCCCACAGAGCAGGAAAUUGCAGCUGGAGGUGAUGUCAUAGAGGCUCCAUGCAUUGCCCCAGGUUUCGAGAUUGACUCGAUGACUGAAGACCAGACCUUAACUCCUCAUGAGGACACAGAUUCAGAUCCACAUGAGCCAAGUGAUGAUGACGAACCCACAAGGGAAAUGGAAGAGGAUGUCAUCAGCUUGACUGAAAAGAGCGUGUUAGAAUGCAUCCCAGAGCAUGUUGGUUCUGAUGUUAAAGAUGAUCUGCAUACACCAAUGGCUAAAGAAUCAAAUGAGGUUGAGAGUGAAUCACUUGGAGCUCCCUCAGUGCAUGAAAUGGCCAGUGGAAAUGUUUCUCUCCAGGAUGAGGUCGUGCCCUUGCAGGAUAACUCCAUGACUGAAGACGAGACCUCAGAUCUUCAUGAAGACAAACUCCCUGCUCUGUCAUGUGACACAAAGCCACAAAGCUUCUGUCAAGACAUGAGUAACCUGGAUGAUGAGAUGAGCAGUUUUGUGGGAGAGAGCUGUUUGACGGACGUCUGCAGAGAUCAACGCCAACAGACUGAAACAGAGACUGAGCAGCUGGUGCUUUCACCCCCCGAACAAACAGACUUUCAGCUGUCAAAGGUGACUCAUCUCUCUCUGAUCAUCCGUGACGGUUCUGCUGAUGAUCCGCCUGUUGAGCAGAGGCCGGAGUAACCGCCCUCCAAUUACUUUAAGUGUCCCCGCGAGACACUUCGAAACUAAGUUCAUUGUCCAAAGAUGCUUCAGUUGCAUGAAACAAGUUCUCUUUUCUUUGUUGCGUUUGUUCUUGGUGUGGAAUGGCAAUGUUGAUUUAUUGAGUCAUUUUCCUUUUUUCCUUUUACAUUGUUCCUUUUGAAAAACAGGCAUCUGAUUUAAAGUGCCUCUUCAAAAAAUGUGUUGUCAUUAUCUUUGUGCUCACCCAGUUUACCGGGAGCUCUUUUGUGUUAUAGAUCUGUUCUGAUUGGAAAAAGAAAGAAACUGCCAUGAAAGUAUUGAAUCUUUCUGUGAAGAUAAAACUGGUUUGAAAGGUUGUGACGUGUAAUGUUAUUUUUAAAAGAAUGCAACCAAAGUUUUCUGUGUUGUGGAUACAUGCAUGUGUUAAUGAGACAUUUCAGUUCAAUAAAUAUCA